CCUGAUAGUCACUCCCGCUCAGUUACAUUUUCGAAAGUAGAGAGAAACUCUCUCUCUCGCCCCCACCUCCCUCUUUCUCUCUCUGGUUUCAUUCUGAACUCGUCAUGAACGAUGGUGAACGAACCUAAAAGCUCCGAUCUGGUUGAUCCGCUUGACAACCACUCUGGUCUCACUUUGUUCCCUCGAACAUUUAGGGUUUCGACGAAUGUCCCAACGCCCAAUGAUCCCGACGACAUUGAAUCUAUCCACAAUUACAUGAAAUCAAUGGCUUUAAGAAGCCCCAGUAAGCUUUUAGAGCAGGCAAAGGUCAUCAUUGAUGGUGGUUCAGAACUUCUGAACUCCAGCUCUGCCCACUUUGCAGCAUUUGAGAGCAAAGAUGAAGCUAUUGCCGCAAAGGGUAAGGAAAAUCCCCAAGAAAGAAGACCAGCUUUGGGCCGUAAGCGAGCUCGCUUUUCCUUGAAGCCUAAUUUAAAUCAGCCUUCUGUUAGUCUGGAACCUAGUUUGGACAUUGCUCAACUGCAAGACCCAGAGGAAUAUUUCUUGGCACAUGAAAGGCUUGAAAAUGCCAAAAAAGAAUUACAGCGACAGAAGGUUGGAGUCGUUACACAUGUAAAUGAGUACAAUCCAUCCAAAACUGCAAGACGCCGUCGACCGGGACUUCUGGGGAAGUCAGCUAGUUACAAGCAUCAUCAGUAUGCAUCAGCACUUUCUGAAAACAAUAACACUUUUAUGUCCUCUCAAGAGACAUUGGAACUCGAUAUUCUCAGUCCUAGGUAUGGUUUGCCACCAGAAACAACUGAUCCAAAUUUUGAAUUGCAGGAAAAGGAAUUAGCUGGAUCAAUUGAUAAGACCAAGAACAGAGUCAAUGAACUUUUUGAUGAAUUACUAUCCAGUAAUUGUGAAAAUUUAGAUGGGGAUGGGACAUUAUCUUUUCUGCAGGAGAGCUUGCAGAUCAAACCUAUUGAUCUGGACAAAUUAUGCCUUCCUGACUUGCAUGAUAUUACAAGGAAUGAUUUUAUGGUGUCGAAAGAAAAAUUGCUAGGGCCUCGGAACACAUUAUCGGACAUUCAAAAUAUGGUGAAAGGUAGAAGUGGCAAAACUCCUGUAAAGCAUAAACAGGUGGCAGAAAGCCCCAUUAAUCUUCUAGAUUCAGCCACCCCACCCAAAAGUCCAUUUGCUGCAAUAUCAAUAUUGAAAAAGCGAAUUUUGCAGUCAAAUAUGUCAAGUGAUCCAUUUUCAGCUGUUAUUGUUGAUCUAUCACCAUCCAAAAAUCCUUCUUCUGUUGAAUGCACUGCCAAACAAUCAGAUCAGGUUGAUUUGAGCAAGGAGAUGAGAGUUUCUGAGAAGUUGAAGUCAAUAUUUAUUGAAAAGGAUAACAAUAUAGUUGCUAAUACCGGUACACCAGCGUCGAUAAGAAGGGAUUCUUUUCAUCACUUUGAAACAUUUACAAAGGACAAAUCGAGCGGACGUAGUGUUGGAAUUGAUGUUAGGUCAAGUGGAUCUCAUGGUGACUUGGAACAUAACAACGAGAGCAGUAAUAUUGAUGAGAGGCAGUUGGAUGAUGAUGUCAGUAGGCCUAAUGAAAUGGAUAUUCAGAGAACUGGGCCCAAUGAAAUGGAGGAUCAUAAGAUGCAGGUUGAAGAUAUGUUGGACAAGGCUGUGUCAUCUGCGCAACCACUUAUUAACAUCAAGGACUCUAUUGGGCAUGCUGACGCCGAUUCCCAAACAUAUGUACCCAUUGAAAUGGAGGAGAAUGCUGGAGAUAUGCGGCAGGAAGCAUUGUCGCCUGCUGUACCAGAUAUUAACACUGAGGACCCAACUAUUGAAAACUUGAAAAGCAGUCAGAGUCAGUUGGAUCAAUCAAGUCCUGCUGCAGUUGAACACCAUGCUACGAAUGACCCCUCCAGAGCUCCAGAUAUUGCACCAGAACAACAUAAUGAGGACCCUUCAAGGAUAUCAUUUAAUAAGCGAAGUAAAGCAACAAAACCUCCACGGGAAAUACGCAAAAGAAAACCUCUUUCUCGUAGGCAAAGCCUUGCAGCGGCUGGUACGUUUUGGGAAUCUGGUGUAAGGCGAAGCUCUAGAAUCAAGAUGAGACCUUUGGAGUAUUGGAAAGGCGAAAGAUUUUUAUAUGGCCGCAUACAUGAGAGCCUGACAUCAGUAAUUGGGGUGAAGUACGCGUCUCCAGUAAAGGGCAACGAGAAACCUACUAUCAAGGUGAAAUCUUAUGUUCCUGAUAAAUACAAAGAACUUGUUGAACUAGCAGCUCUGCAUUGAGAUCUCUGUUUAUGUUUAAUAUGGUUGAGAUAAUUCUGGGUUCAACAAAAAGAAAAUACUUUGUGGAUUAUCUUGUUUGCUCCAAAUCCAAUAGCCGAUGUUGUACUUGUAACAAGUAAUUGGAAAAGUGUUGCUACAUGAAUACUUGUUAAAGAGAAUUAUGCAAAUGCCGUACGGUGUAAUAUCAGAAGCAUUUGUGAAUUUUGAUAUUACAAAGAUUUAUUGAACACAAUUGUGUUAUUUCAGUUACGAUCUUUGUUUUUGUUUGAAA